UUGCAAAUUAUUCUCUAUUUUCUUUCUAGACUCAGUCGACGUGAUCUUUAUGAGGCUUGGCAGACUGACUUUCCACAAACAGAUUUUCAAACAAAUUACUACGCUCACCGCAACAUUGGCUCAACUAAUUAUAGCGACCACCCCAUUGACUCUGGUGCUGUAAAAUCCGAGAAUACAGUCAACAAGUCAUUUGCUUGGAAUCACAUCACAACUGCCAUAAACUCUUCUCCUCGUUCACCCUCCUUUAGUCCGCCAUCCGAGCGAUUGUCCGUCAAUAAUAGGACUUGGCAGGAUACUAGACUAUCUUUUGAACAGUACCACAAGGAUGGACGCUCUAUAUCUAAAGAAACAACUAACCCGACUGCUUCUGUCAGUAGUGGUCGCUCUGAGGUCAACUUUAAUCGUGUUAACUCGACUCUAAACUGCCUUGGACCUAUCGCCCUGAACAAAGAGAACAAGCAGAACGGAGACCUGAUCUUACCUUCAGAAUCAGAAAAUUCUAUACUCUCAGUUCCGGACAUUGGUCUUUCCGUGAGGAAUUUGCAGAAAAAAGCGAGGCCCCAGACUUUUGUAAUGGACAAUUCUUUUGCUUAUACAAUGGAUAAAAAAUACAAAGUAAGGGAGGGUAAAGAACAUGGAAAAAGCACUGAAGAUGAUUACGAUGUUGCCCUUCAAAUGAAAACGGUUUUUGACCACUCAAAAAACGGAGAUGAUAGCAAAGGAAGCAAUAGAAAGGAAGCUAGAGAGGACAAAAAAAAUAAAAUGAUUGAGACAAGUGAAAAUAUGAUGGGAGAAGAAGAAGAAAAUGAACGCGCAAUACGAAUAACAUCCGAUCAAGAAUGUAAAAGUGUACUGAAAGAGGAAGACGGUUGUAUACUUCCAGGAGUUAUUCGUGAGGAGCUUAGUCCAUACUUGUUAAAGGAGCUAGACCUCCGUCGGGCCAAAAUAAGGCGGCUCAACCAAUUGAUAUCGUUUUUCCAGUCUGGCAGACCACUCUGGCAAUUGCCUUCCGAGCUGGCCCCAGCUCUUGUCAGACUAUUUGAGACUAGUCCUGUUCUUGCCUCUUCAGCCGAAUCGUUGGCUUCCAGCACAAUCUCAAACUCAACCUUAUAUUCCACGGGUACCUCUAUAGGUAUUUCCACGGGUACUUCUAUAGGUACAUCCGCAGAUACAACCACAGGGGUCUCUACCAAAAAUGUUCCAGUACACGCCCCUUCAUCUUCACCUUCUGAGGCGCCGGUGCACAUUUCAAAAUGCCUUUGCAACUCUACAAAUCAGUUCGAGCAAAAUACAUAUCAUAUGCCAAUGUGUCAGACCUGCUACAAUACAAAAUCGAUGGCAGGCAGAUGUCAGUUGCAUGAGGGCUGCCCACAUCCAUGCGGUCGACAUCAGCAGCAGCAUUGCCAUGUGAAUCAGCGAAGUGGCAGUUGCUCACUUAGUUGCCAUAGUUUGAGGCAAGUGUCGGACACCGAUAAUAUAAAGAAGUUGUCUUCACAGAACAAAAAAGAAAUAAGAGUAGGAAAUCAUUUGGCGUGCUGUUGUUCCUUGAAUCUCAGUCCGACUAACUCUCCUGUCACUAUCACAGAUGCCUUCGGGCCAAGGGUGGACUGUCUGACCAGUUUCAACAGCGUUCCUCAGUCGACAGCCGGCUUAUCCACCCGAUCGUUCGCAUCGGCCUCAUCUAGCAUGACUGUAACUCCCACCAUGUUGAGGCAAGUAAAUCAGACAAACGUACGGUCGGAAGAGAAGUUAAAUCAACAAAAUGAAAGAAUAAUAACAACCUCAGACUGUAUUCCUGAUAAAUACGAAAAUGAGAAAGAGGAGGAGUAUAAGGAGGAUCAGAAAGCCAAAAGAUUGAUAAAAGAAGAUGAAGAAGAUAGCACACUAACGGGAUAUUCUGUAAAUUCAGUUAAGAAACUAAAUACAGAACAGGAUCUCAAGAUUUUUAUUAAUCCAUAUCCUGCCCCUGGUCCUAGUGAAGCUUGGAAUUCGAAAGAUUCUGAAUGUUUCAUAAAGCGACCUAAGAGCUCCCGGGGCCGAACAAAUCCAAGCCAAAGUUAUGCUGCAACAUUUUCUAAUCCGAGUGUAGGGGCCAAUGUGACUAACGGAAAAAACAAGUGCCAGCCUGCCCCUGGUGAAAGGGUAGAACCAGGGAACAAUGAAAAUGAUUGGCAGAAUUUUGAAUCGAAAAAGAGGGUGAAAUUAGAAACGAAAAAACAAUUAGCUACUGAAGCACAAGGUUCAAAUUCCGCAAGGUGUGACGGCUUUGCGGAACGUCUGUUUAAUGGAUUUGAAUCUGGAGGAAAGAUUGGAUCGAAACAAUGGAGUCUUGAUCAUCAUAAACGAACAAGCUGCAUCGCUCAUUUGAAUGAACUGCACAGAAAUAACUUUCUAGAACACCGACAUCAAUAUGAGUUAAGAACUUUAUGUGCAUUUCGAGGAGUCGAAAAAGCUACGCAGACUGUUCGUAUCACCAGAGAUAAGAGUAUAGACUCGAAAGAUCUAGAUGUAAUUCAGGAGCAUAUUUCUCAGACUGGCCAAAUUGCCAAAUCAACUUCAAGAUCAUCAUAUGUUUAUGGUCUUCUUGGCUCCGGUCUAUGCCUCACUGAUCUUGCUAUAGGCUCAGCACCCUCGGGCAAGAUAAGUUCCACCGAACAUUCUACCACUAAUAAUCAUGCUAAUUCGCAUGCUAGCUCGGACCUAAAGCAUCCUUCUAAAUCUGAAUCAGGUUACGAGUAUGGUUCAAGUUCCAUAUCCUUAUCAUCAAUCACACCCAGAUCUGAGCCUGAAUCUGAGACCACUUCACUUCCAUUCAAGGUUUCAAGAUGUGCUGUUGGGCUAAAAACACGAAAUAAAGACCGUGAUGCCUGUAUUUCAAACUCUAUCCCACAUGGAGCUCACACUUGCCCUCUGAAACAACUGUUCCAUAACAUAAAUGAAAUAAAUGGGGAGGAAAGCGGAAAAAAAUCAGAUGUACAAGUAAAAGAGGAGACCUAUAGUACCAGAAAAAUCCCAAACAUCUCACUCUUUCGCAGCAAUAAACCGAAACUAAACUACAUUAAUCGAGUUUGUACUUUACUGAAUCGCUUAACCAACGAAAUUUCGGCUAUGCAUCGUCAACUGGCCUUCCUAACACAGAUGAAGCCCACCAUUAUCAACCCCAACAGUUCAGUUGCAACCGCCUUUGAAUCCCAAAAUGGCGUCCUCACCAACCUUUCACUUGCAGAAUUUCCCAAAGGCUCCCAGUUUUCCAGACAUGUAUCCACUCCUUCAGAUAACUUGUACAACUCAUCUUGUUGCCACGCCUGUCCAUUAUACCCCAAUCAGAUUCAUAUGCCUAAUCUGCCCUCAGUCCCCUGCUUGACUAACUUUAAUUUCCCACCAUCUUCCCAUACUUGGCAUCAGAAUGAAAAUCCAUGCAAACAGGCGCAAAGCCGAUCUCUACUUUGUAUUGAUUGUCAAUGUGCUUACCACAUGAGCCAUUCUAACCCUGUCUUUCGUUCAAAUGUCCUGCCAGCUAAUAAUAUUUGCCUUUGCCAGACAUGCCACCAGCAAAAUUGGGUACCUUUCAACGUGAAAAAGCAGGAAAAAUCGCAUAAUCUGGAGCACUUAGUCUCGCCCCGUCAGGCCUGCACAUUUUUUAAACCCACAUCGUCACCACCACUAUCCCACCAUUCUCUCUCAGCUUAUCAUUCUCCACAUUACAGUCACUCUCUGCCUCAUCCUGCUUCUUCUCAGCAUUAUUAUCAUUCUUCCUCCCAUUAUAGCCAUUUUACUCCUAGGCCUCAUAUUGAUUGCAAUCACUCCGAGGGGCUGACUCAUGUCUACACUAGUAACUCCACGCCUUUAAUGGAACGGGAUCAUCAGCACUACUCAACAAAACACUUUAGUGAGCAGGUUCUCCCAGAAAAGCGAUCAUGUUCUUCAUUUAUUUCUUGCUCUAAAGAAUCGAUAGCCUCUGGCUUCCAGGUUGGCACCUUCCCAGCCGUCGAUAUUAACUUCUCGAAUGAGGGAAAUCUUACGGCCCAGAAUUUACUCAUAAAACAAGCAACCUCAUUGAGGAAUGCCGAUAGUGCCAAUAAGGUAACAAUUUUUAAAGAAUUGGCUCUAUAA